AUGUCAAGAUAUAUGAGGCGAGCUCAAAUUGAAGUGAUUCCAUGUAAAGUGUGUGGAGACAAGUCCUCGGGCGUCCAUUAUGGCGUCAUCACGUGUGAGGGAUGUAAGGGCUUUUUCCGGCGAAGUCAGUCAGGGCCAGUAAAUUAUCAGUGUCCCAGAAACAAGAACUGUGUGAUUGACAGAGUGAAUCGGAAUCGGUGCCAGUACUGUCGGUUGCAGAGAUGCAUGGCUUUAGGAAUGUCCAGAGAUGCGGUCAAAUUUGGUCGCAUGUCAAAGAAGCAGCGUGAGAAAGUGGAAGAUGAGGCAAACAUGGUUAAAGCCAGUCGAUUAAAUGGGUUAAAUCAGGCACAGUUCACCACUUAUCAAACCAAUGGUUACAACUUUCAACCACAGCAGCAACAGCAGCAGCAGCAACAGAUCCAGCAACAACAACAACCGCAGCAGGAGAGCCAGUUUCUGACAGAGAGCCAGCUCUAUUCCCCUAACUCCAGUAUUCAGCCAGUGCCCCAUCCUGUCAGCCUUCUCAGAGCCGUGGAGUUUAACCCAAUCAACCUUGGCAAGGCCAUCACAGAGGCCCACCUGCGGACAUGUUUAUACAGCAACGAACAGAUAGAAAUUUUCAAGCGCCAGAUAUUGCCCCAGGAGCAAGUCGAGAUUUAUAAAAAUCUAACACAUCGCCAGCUCUGGGUGGAGAUAGCAGACAAGAUCACCUUGGCUGUCCAGCAGAUUAUAGAGUUCGCCAAAAUGAUUCCAGGAUUCAUGGAGCUUUCUCAGGAUGAUCAGAUCAUGUUGCUGAAAGCUGGAAGCUUUGAACUAGCCUUGAUGCAGCUGUGCCGUGUGUUUGAUGCAGAGUCCAAUCGAGUUAUCUUUGGGAACAUGUUUCUGCCUCUGGAAGCCUUUGCCACUCUUACUGACGAAGAAUUCCACCUGAUGUCUGCCAUUUUUGACUUUGUAAAAAAUAUUCAGCGCCUGAACAUCACAGAAAGUGAGAUGGCCAUGUUGAGUGCCCUUAUUUUGAUCAGCUCAGAUCGACCUGGAGUAAAAGAGGUUGGUGAGAUACAGCAGCUCCACGAUCGAAUCCUCACUGCCCUGAAGCUGGAGAUGGGAAUCAACCAUGCGGGUGAUGAACAUAUUCUCAAGCGGUUCGUCGAACAGGCGGGCAUCCUUCGCUCACUGAGUGCUCGGCACAUCCGAGUACUUAAUGCAUUUAAAGAAGAGGCCCCUGAAAUAGAGUUUCCAGCCCUUCAUAAGGAAUUGUUUUCUAUAGAAACAGAGACAAUCCUACCCAAUUUGCAUUGA